AUGUACAAGAUGAGCACCGGCCCUAAGACUGCUGCGCCCCAUGCCUUGGCUUCGACGCCAAGCUCCCACAUCGGCAGUGACACCGCAACCAACGCUGACAGAGGAAGACGAAGCAGCACCACCACCACAGCCACCGCGACGCAGCUGGCAUAUGGCAUUGAGGUGUCUGACGCAGGCAGCAUUCUUCGCCUGUUGACCUUUGUCUUGACCCCGGAGCUGUGCGCCAGUGCGACGCUUGACGGCAACAUCCACGAUGACACGGGCGAUGCAGACGGUUUCACGGCUUCACGUUGUACCACAAGCCGGCAUUGGUGCACCAGCGACGAUGACGGUGAUGAUGACUGCUGUCGUCGUUACCAUCGCCACCACCAGUUUGACAGCAGCGACCCUCUUUGUGAUGACAACGACCCUCUUCGUGGCAAUGACGGCUUCGCCUUUCACACCGCGAACGGCAACGGCGCGACAGCCAACUCCUCGUCCGUGAUGCCGCUGGCUGCAGAUUCGAUGGUGACGGAAACGGAACGGCUGCGCAUCCUGUUUGAGCUGCUGACGCCAGACUCUCUGGAGGGUGUGCUUGCGCGCUUCACCCAGCUGCUACCCGUGUACCCACUGCUUUCUCGACACGAGCUGGACAAUGUCCACACGUCGCUGUAUGAGCGCAUCCACCCCGACACGGACCUGGCGCCCUGGCCAUAUUCCCGCCGCGCUGUCGUCGCAGCCUGCUCGCUCGCACUGCAGCGUGCGCACAUGCCCGGCACACCUUCUUCCAGCGUGUGGCAUCAUGUUGCCGCUGCCUCUACGCAGCUGCUGCUCGGAUGCGCAGCGUCCUCCUCCCCGUUGCCAGCACCGACUGAAGAGCAGCACGACGAGGCACACAUGGACGACACCGAUGAGAUGGAGGUGGUGAUCAAGGCCGAGCCUGUGUGUUUGUGA